AUGUCUUCAGAGCAUCAGCCGCGUCUUACGGAAUCACUACAAGCAUCUUAUUUGAUACGUGAAGGUCAUCCAGUUAAACUUUCAUGUCGAUUCGAUGCAUCUCCUACAGUUGAUAUUCAAUGGCUUAAAGAUGGAGUUCCGAUUGAUUUUGAAGCACUUGGUAUUUCAAGAGAUUUUAAGGUCGUAAACGAAGUCGACUAUACAGCAUUAUUAAUUAAAGAAGCAUUUCCAGAAGAUAUUGGUUCAUAUACAGUUAUAAUACGUAAUUCACUAGGUGAAGCACGUUCAUUUACACACUUAUAUGUCGAAGAAUUUUUCUGUCGAACACCGGAAUCAGAAAUGUCUGAUACACCAUGUAAACCAGUUUUUGUUCAACCACUGCUGGAUACAACAAUAAAUGAAGGAGAAAAAUUAAAAUUACAUGCUGCAAUAAAUGCAAAUCCUGAACCUGAAAUUAUUUGGUAUUGUAAUAAUAGUCCAUUAAAAAAUUCUCGUGAUUUAACAUUAUCAUUUGAUGGACAAUUAUGUAAAUUAAUAAAAGAUCGAUGUGAAAAAGAAAAUGAUUCAGGAACAUAUCGUAUAACAGCUGUUAAUUCAAUGGGACAAGCUGAAUCUAUUUGUCAAGUUAUUGUACAAUCAAAUGAAACAAAAAUAUUUCGUGAACGUCUACAAUCAACUCGUUCAUUACCGGUUUUUAUUCAAUCAUUACAAGAUACGACAUUUCAUGAAGGUGAAAAACUUCUUUUUCAAAUACAUAUUAAUGGAUACCCAAAACCACAAGUCAUGUGGUUUAAAGAUAAUCAACCAUUAAGAAAUACAUCUAAUCGUAGAAUUCGAACUGAAGAUGAUACUUGCAUACUUGAAAUACCGAGAUUAUUAAUCAAUGAUGCUGGCAUUUAUGAAGUUAAAGCAAUUAAUUCCGAAGGCGAAGCUAAAUGUUCAGCAACAGUAAAUAUUUUACCAAUAAAUAUCGUUCCUGAACCUAUGAUUAUUGAAUCAGUUGGUUCUGCACCUGAAUUUCUUCAAUUAUUCAAAGAUCAAACAACAUCUAUUGGUUCAAUAAUUAAAUAUGAAGCUCGAGUUACUGGUACACAACCACUAAAUGUCUAUUGGUUAUUUAAUGGAUCACCAUUAACUCUUCUAAGAAAUAGUCGACGGUAUCAACUAAAUGUAUUUAAUGAUACUUAUACAUUAAUUAUACAUAAUGUACGUUAUGAAGAUAUUGGUAAAUAUACUUUAAAUGCAGAAAACUCUUGGGGAAAAGCAACAUGUAGUGCUGAACUUUUUAUUCUUCCAACUAUUUUGCAAUUUGGUAAGAAAUUUAUUAUAGAAAAAUUUAUUUCUUAUUUGUAA